AUGACAUCUACAACAAAUUCCAGCAAACAGCGAAAACUAACAGACUUACGUGUAGCUGAUUUACAACGUGAAUUACGCUUGUUUAAUAUAUUUUAUGACAAGAAAGAAUUGAAAGGGUCACUCUUGGAAAAAUUACGGCAGGCUUUGAUCGAUCGUAAUCUUGACCCAGAAAGUUACUCGUUCGAUACAACUAGUGAUUUGAAAUCAAUGUCAUCGGAUGAAAAUGGCUCAUAUGGACUAGAACUGUCCGCAAUGGAGACUAGCUCUGAUCAAGCAUUAAACAUUGAAAAUUCAGAGCAAACCCAUUCAUCAGCAGCAGCAGCACCAUCGACGACGCUCGACGCCAACGAUGAGCAAAUCAAUCGAAUGGACACAAUCGAUUUGAGACAAAUUGUCGACGAUCAACAAAAUGAAAAUAAUUUUUCUUCAAUUGAUCAAACAACAACUAAACACGACGACGAAUAUAGUAAUGAUAACAUCGAUCAUGGCCUUACACAAGCACUGUGUUCCUCAUCAGAUGAAGAUCCAUAUAUAAAAGAGUCAACCGAUUCGUCGGACGCUACUCACACUAGAACUUCCAUAACAGCAGCGCAUGAUCAACAAAUCUCGUCGGAUUCAAAUCAUGGCGGAGAUCAUCAAUUGACGACGUCGUUGCCAACAACAAAUCUCUCGACUGAUAAUGAGAACCUGUCAAAAAGUGAGAACAAACAACAAGAAUCAACAGGCGAACAAACGAAAAAAAGUAAUCAAUGUCAUCUUUGGGUAUCAAAUAUUGCCAAAGAAACUCAUGCAUCUGAUUUGAAAGACUUAUUUUCAAAACACGGAAAAGUAUUAACAACUAAAGUUAUUGGAUCCAGUUCGUCACAAUGGUUUGGAUACAUUACUCUAGCGACACCGGAUGAUGUUGAAAAGUGUAUUAAUACAUUGCAUCAAACGGAAUUACAUGGAAAGAAAAUCUAUGUCGAUCGAGAAAUGCACGAUCAACCAGAACGCUCUUCGUCAUCAUCGAAAUCAAAGUCACACAGUGAUCUUAUCUCGUCGAGUGCACAUAAGAGAUCAUCAGAUCAGUCAAAUCAUAAGUCAUCAUCAUCAACAACAGGGGAUUCGUUUAAAAAACGUGAUUCGAAUACGAAUAAUCACAGUAAAUCGGCCGUUACCGAUCACAAUGUGUCAUCAAAAAAACGACCAGCAUCAACGUCGAACGAUAAUAAGAAGAAAAUAUCAACUCACGAUGUGAAAAAAUCUAAUGAAAAUCAUGUAUCAUCUCGAAAACCAUUGGAUUCCAAUCCAAGAAGAACGUCAUCUAGUAGCAAUAAUAGCCAAUCAAACAAACAACACGCAUCUCGGUCAGAUGUUCCACGAACCGGCGAACGAACAGGUAUAAUGAUUGAUUCAAGAUUGGAAUUUGAGCAAUCUUCUUAUAAAUCGUCCGGUGGUAAUCGCUCAAGUGAUAAAUAUCCCGAUCGAUCGGAGAGAUCAUCGUUAGAUUCAUCUAAAACGAAACCAGCCUCAUCAUCAACUUCGCACCGUAGUCGUUCAAAUGAAAAACGUUUAACUUCGACAUCAACAAAACCCGAUUAUCAUCAUUCAUCAUCUGGUGAUAAAUCUAAACCACGCACAACAUCUCACAAUACAACAAACAAAUACGAUAAACCGAAAGACUCAUUUCCGAAAGAUACUCAUCGUUCGACGUCAUCCAAUUCAUAUGAUAGUGAUCGUCGUUCAACGCAUCAAAAUGAACAACGUUUACGGCAUGAGAAAGAAAUACUUGUACAUAAACAACUUGUUCAACAACAGGAAGAAGAGAAAAUCAAAGAGCAACAACGACGAUUAGCCGAAGAACGCGAAAGAAUGAGACGAGAGUUCGAAUUUCUUGAACGUGAACGUUUGGAAAUCGAACGAACGCGACUAGCCCUAGAGAAAGAAAAACAAGAUCAAGCACGAGAACUCGAUAAACAACAAAGACGCUUAGCUGAUGAAGCUAAACAUCGUCAACAGCAAGCAGAAGCGAAAUUACGCGAUGAAAAAUUACAUCGAAUAGCUCAUCAUGAUAAUAAACACCCGCGUGAUUCACAGCGUUCAUCACAUUAUCAAAAUGCAAACAAUAAUAACGAUACUUCUUCAAGUAAAGGAUACGAUCAUCGAUCGUCAUCGAACACAAGUAACGAACGUGGACGGGAUCGAUCGCUUGGUGAAACAAAUCGUGAUUAUUAUUCCGAAGCCAAACGACCAUAUAGUAACAAUAUGAAUAAUCAACGUGAGACAAUGUUUCGCGAUCGCGCUGCUGGUCGUGAUUCAGACCUUUCUUCGUCCAGUUCGAGUCUGGUUCUCAGCUCUCCAUCAACAAUCAUUUCAAGUAAUACAAACAAUAAUGCACGAUACCUUCCUCCGUCAUCGCAUCAAAAUCGACCAGUCGAUCCAUACAAUGCAUUACCACAGCGUGGUCGAGAUAUGGCUUUGCCACCAACAUCGGCUGUUAGUGCUGCUUAUGAACGUUCCUCGCGAAACAAUGCUACAUCGCCGACUAAUAACAGUGCACUUCUCCGACGGCCACAUUCUCGAGAACGAUUUGAUGGUCGAGAAUUCCUUCAACAAGCACAACGUCGUGAUCGUUCGCCACCUCCGACUUCGACGUUACGUCGUGAACCAAUGGAAACUGCACAUUGGGAACGACCAAAAGCACGUGAUAGCACACAUUAUACUGAGGAUGCUCAUAAAUAUUUACCUAAUCAAUAUCUCUCUGAUACAUCACCAUCAAUGCAACAACAGCAGCCGCAAGGCUUAUGGUCAGCUGCGCCACCGUCUAGAGCGCAACAUCAUCAUGGUGAUCUAUCCGUUAAAGCACCUGUUCACCCACCGGUCGUCGAUCCGUAUAGUUGGCAACAUGUUUCAUCACAAGUACCACCAUCAGCCCACGAUCGAUCUCGUACAAAUAUGAUCAGUAAUCAACGUAUUCCAAUGCUUUCAUCCAAUCAACCACCUCCUCCACCUCCAUCAGCACGUGGUAAUACGGCUGGUCAAAGUCACAUUUACAAUCAUCCUGGUGUACCUGUCAGUGCUAUUCCAACAUCUCAACAACACGCAUCAUUAGUGCCACCACCAUCUCUUCAUCAUACAACUGCUUAUGUGACUCAACAAGCCCCACCUCCUGGACUUGUCCUUCAUCCAACAGGACAAGCACGUACUUACGAAUCACACUACGUUGUUACACAACCAAUACAGCCACGACGCUAUUAA